UGCUAGAGCAGCACUAUUAACUGAUGCAUUUAAAAAAAACUUUUUCCCCAUGACAGUAUCCCUUUAAGGGGAGGGUGUCACUGGUGAUUUGGUGGGCCCUGCCUACAGUUGAUGUGGUAUUCGGCAAAACUAGGUAAACAAACCUGUUCCUAUUGCUUCCUUUCUUCAUGGAGCACACAGUGCAAACAUAUGGUUGCAGCAAAUGACAAGGCAGUGGACAGGUCUGGACUGUGAUUUAAGAUAGGCCCUGGCAUUCCAACCUCCCGGCACUAAAUAGUGACUGCCUGUGGCAUUUUACAGUGGCCCCUCUGGCAUUUGCCAAAACCUACAGAUUGCCAAUCCAGGCCUAGCAGGGGAGGUAGGUUGCUUUGUGUCAGGACGCAGCAGGCUUUGUUGGUGAUGUCUCAGCCGAACGUAAACUCCAGGAGGCCUUGGGUGUCCAUAUUUAUUGACUCUGCUUUCUCACAUCAAUGUUAAAUGCAGACAGUGCAAAAAGAUAUAGGUGACAUAUAGACAUACAGUGGAAAUAAGAAAUAGCUGAUGGGAAUUGUCCUUGGCUGGGGACCACUGGGGAAAUACUUUGGCAGGCAACUGAAUGUAGAUGUUUUUUGUGGCGUGUAUGAUGUUAGUGUGCCAUUGUAUCUUAUAUGACAGCAUUUUGACUUUCAGGGGGUUAUUUAUAUUAUCCAAUUUUUUUCUGGUUGAAGUUUUAAAGGGGAAAAAUACAGAGGCUGUUAAAAGUCCAAAUAAAAAAGUAAUCCAUCUCAAACCUGCCGAGGUCAUGUAGAAGUUAAUGGCAGAUGUCCUGUUUACAAUUGGGGGUUUAGUACAAUAAUCCGUAAAAUUUGUAGUUUUCAGCUUUUUAAUAAUUUAAUCGAGUCUUUUCCCACACCAGAUUUUUUCGAGUAAAUGUCCAUGGGAGUUUGGUCGAAGUGGUUUUUAGAAAAUAGUGAGAUUUUCAGAUUUGAUGUGCUUGUUAGGGCAGAAGUUACUCGCUACACUCUGUAUCACUCAAUAUAUAUCCACAACAACUUUUAUUUCAUUAGUUGCUGCUGCUCAUGACUGCCCCUUGUGUUUUCUGAAUCUGCAUCAAAACAACAUAGAUCCAUUAAGCUAGGGGUGAGAUGAAGACAUGUCAACAGAAAGAAAAUCCUUUCGGAAAACAAAGCGCUCCAAGUACCAUCCCGUCGGUAAUUUACAUUCUAGCCGGCGGGAGGCAGUUCAGGGAGAUUAGUCGCCCCGAAGAAGAGGAGAUUUGUUGCCGGGCGACUAAUCUCCCCGAAUCUGAGCGUGUGCACUAUCCCUUUAUAUAACAUUACCUGGUGGUACCUUUAUUUUUUCCAGGACCUGCCAUAUUAUUUGGGAUACCGCAUGUUUCUGUACAAAAAAUUGCUUAGCCAACAUUGUUUCUUUUUUGACUUUUUCUUUCCUUUUACUCUCUUUUGGCUCGUCAGCCCCUGUUUCCGGUUUGAAGUUCCAAAUAACUCUUUUAUGUUCAUUGAGUCUGGUUCUAAUGGCCCAUUCUCACAUCUGAUCUUGUUAACUGAUUCCCUAUGCUUUUACCUUUUUAUUUGUAGGACAAAAUCGGGUUUUAUCAUAAACAGUUUACCUUAUCAUUUUGUAGUAUGGACCAAUGCUUAUUCAUUACCUUUUUGAUAAAUGCAGAAUGUGGGCCAUAAGUGGUUACACAGGGAAUGCCUUAUUUCUUCUGUUGUUCUUUUUUUCGGUAAAGUAAAUCUUCCCUCUUGAUUCGUCCUACCUCCGUAGUUGUACUGAUUAGUUCUGUUUUAUUAUAGCCCCUAUGUACAAUUUUUUUAUCAAGUCGUCCGCUUGAAUAAAUAAAACCAUGAUGAUGCUUGACUACAGCUCCCAGCAUGCUUUUAACCCCUGAUAUGUUAACCUAUUCUGGGGCCAUAAUGUAUCUAGUUUGUUUAUCCAGAACAUUUUGCUUUCAAUUAUAAUUAUAAUUAAAGGAUUAAGUGAAAAAUGUCAAAUCAACAUAUUUAGAAGAAUCAAUUUAUUCUGACCAUUACUGGUAUUAGUAGAAACAUUAAUGGACAACUGUCAACAUUUUUUUUUUUUAUUUGCUAGCCAGGAAAACACAGCAUGGAGCAGAACAAUCAUUCUGCAGGAGGAUAAAUCUUCUAAAGUUCACUAUAAGUCUGAAAGUGACCCCUGAGAAGUAGAUAAAUAGUUAACCGCGAUUUGCAAUACGUCUAGGAAACUGAUUGUUCUGCAGUAUUGAAGGUUUAGUUGAGAAUUAAAGGGGUUAAUGAAGCAUUGUCCAUUCGCACAUGUUGUAGUUCCUUCCUUGCCUCUUUUCCUGUAGGAGGAGACCUAUUUCCCUGGGAAAACAAGUAAGUCGUAAAAAAAAAAUGUCAUUAUCAUUUCGCACUACUCUGUGUUAUUCCACUUUUCUGUCUUGCCAAGCCAAGAAUCUUUUGUUUAACUAUACUUCAGUAUGCAAAUAUCAGAUGAUUUGACCAAGCAUUUAUGAUGAAGACAAGAUAACCUGCUUUCCCUUCUUUCUCAUGCUGCUGAAUCUAAAAUUCCUUUGUUCUUAUUAAUCCAUUGCAUCCUGCUACAAAAUGGAACGCCUUUCUGGAACAAUGAAUGGGAUUCCUCACUUUACCUGCCAGGUUGUUGUUCUUCUAUCAAUAUUCUUCUUCUGCAAUGUAUUUACCCAGAAUUCAGCGUCUUCAAUGGUGAGAUUCCGUACUCGAGAAGAAGUAGCUGUAGGCACUACAAUAGGCAAAAUAUCUGAAAUGCCAGGCUGGUCAGCAGAUGACAGUGAAGAAUAUAAACUCAUCCAGGAGCCAAAGCCUUUCCCAGUGGAUGUGGGAUUAAAAGAUGGAACUAUUACAACAACAGGCCGUUUAGACAGAGAAGAACUUUGCAAGCCUCAUGGUCACUGUCUACUUACUUUCGAUGUCCUUGCAACAAAGGCCUUGGUUUUAGUGCAUGUUGAAAUUGAGGUUUUGGAUAUCAAUGAUAAUGAGCCAUCAUUUCAAAAACCAGAGCUGGAUUUGGAGAUUUCCGAGAGUGUGUCACUACGCCACCGGAUACCGCUGGACAGGGCCUUCGAUCCUGACAGUGGAAGCAAUGCAUUAAAAGGUUAUAAUCUUUCUCCAAAUGAACACUUUAUUUUGAAUGUUCUUUCAAAUUCUGAUGGCACUAAACAUCCAGAGCUGUUGGUGGUUAAAGAACUGGACAGGGAAAUACAGUCUUCUUUCAAUCUUGUCUUAACAGCAUUGGAUGGAGGGGUUCCACAAAAUUCUGGGACCACACAAAUUAGAAUUAAUGUCCUGGAUUCUAAUGACAACAGCCCAACUUUUGGAGAAAGCUCUGUUAUCCUUGAAGUCCCCGAAGACACCUCACCUGGCACCCUUCUUCUAAAUCUUACAGCCACUGACCCAGACCAGGGGCCAAAUGGAGAGAUUGAGUUUUCAUUCAGCAAGAAUUCAGCUCAACAUGUUCUUAGCAUGUUCAGCAUCAACCCCAAAUUGGGUGGCUUAGUGCUGAAACAAUCAUUAGACCAUGAAGACAGGAGUACUUAUGAGCUGGAUGUACAAGCAAAUGAUUUGGGUCCUAACCCUAUCCCUAGUCAUUGUAAGGUGCUUAUCAAAGUAGUGGAUAUUAAUGACAAUGCACCUGAUAUACAAGUUAAAUGGGCUUCACAAGACUCCAACGAAAUUAUGGUAUCAGAGACUGUUCCCUUAGGUAGUUUUGUUGCUCUAGUAAUGGCCAAUGACCCAGAUUCUGGUGCAAACGGGCAAGUGGAUUGCCAUCUAAUUCAAGAACAUGCCCACUUUAAAUUACAGAGAGCUAAUGGCAACAGUUACAUCCUAUUAACUGAUGCCGUUUUAGACAGAGAGAAAUGGGAAGAAUAUAAUUUGACUAUUCAAGCUCAGGAUCAAGGAGUUCCUUCAUUCUUAACAACAAAAUCACUGAAAAUUCGUGUGACUGAUGCCAAUGACAAUUGUCCUUUGUUUGACAAAAUCAGCUAUGAUAUAUCUGUGGUUGAAAACAAUGCCCCUAACACCCAUCUUCUUACAGUUCAUGCCGUGGAUCUUGACACUGGUAUUAAUUCUGAAGUGACAUACAGUAUUAUUGACUCCUAUCCUUCAGGUACACCUGCCUCUGCUCUUGUUUCAAUUCACUCCACUACUGGGCAAAUAUAUGCACUGCAGGCUCUGGAUUAUGAGAAAAUGACUGAAAUCCAAUUCUUGGUCAAAGCAGAAGAUAAGGGUAGCCCAAAACUUAGCAGUAAUGCUUCCAUCAGAGUGUCCUUAUUAGACCAAAAUGACAACAGCCCAGUAAUUGUACAACCACAUCUCAGAAGGGGCUAUGCAACAAUCACUGUCCUAGUUAAUGCAGAAACAGGCCUUCUGCUUUCCUCCAUGGAGAUAAAAAAUGUUCAGGCACUUGGGCACGUUAUGCCUGAUAAGUUUUAUGGUGCAAAUGAUAUAAUAAAAAAUAUUGAAGAUAUUAAUAUACACCCAGUUGUUCAAAUUGUGGCCACAGAUGCAGAUUCUGAAGAGAAUGCUAAACUUACCUACCACCUGACCAAUACUCAUCAAGGUUUGUUUGCUAUAGACCAGUACAUUGGGCAGUUAUAUGUAAAUUCCAGCAAUGCCAGUCACCUGAUUGGAAAUGCCAAGGAGCUGGAAGUUUUUGUCAGAGACAAUGGAAUCCCUCAACUGGAAACCAAGGCUCGCCUGAAAGUUAUAUUUAGCAACCAUCUUGAUCACCUAAAGAACUCAGGCACUGGAUUUGGUGGUGGUUUAAGUGUUUCCAUGGUUAUAGUGAUCUGUCUGGCAGUUCUGCUGGCUGUAUGUCUCUUAGUUUUAGCACUUAUAAUGUCUUUCUGCAGGGUAGAUAGUAAGGACAAUAGAGCAUAUAACUGCAGGGAAGAGGAAUCAGCAUACACAAAUCAGCCCAGGAGACCCCAGAGGCAGAUCCAUAAGGCUGACAUCCAUGUUGUACCAGUGCUGAGGGGAAGACAACAAGACCUUGGAUCACCCUCUGAAACUCACAAACCAUUUUCUUUGACCGACGAAUGUAAAGAAAUCCCUGAAGAUGAUGCACUUCAUACUCCAUUUCACCUUACUCCUACACUUUACCGCACUCUAAGACACCAACAUAAUCAUGAAACAAUUAAUGAUGAUGUACAAGAUGUGGAUCCGUCUUUUUCGUUGCCUCGCUCUGUUUGCCAAACUCUACAAUAUCAGAGACAAAGAAGCUGUUCAAGGGAGAAUCUUCAGGAUUUUAAUAGCACACUUCCUGCUUCUUCCAAAACCUUAAAGAACCCUGGAAGCCCUCAGGUGAGAUUGGAUGGCCACCCUAGUUGUUCUGAACCAUUGCUAUACAAUAAGGGAGAUGUGUACCCUGCUACAUCACCAACUCUCAGAAGGCAGAGGAAUGCAGAGGAAUCCUCUCAUGAGCAGAUCUUGAGGAGCCUGGUGCGACUGUCUAUGGCAGCUUUAGCAGAAAAAGAAGCAGUAGAACUCACUAUGCAAUCACCACAUGUGCAGCAAAUUUCACAGCUGCUUUCUCUGCUUCACCAAGGACAAGUUCAUCCUAAAACCUUACACAGAGGGAACAAGUACUCUAAAGGCCGUAGAUCUGCAGGCCAGGAGACUGACUGGCAAAGUACAAAGGACAGUGGCAAUGGUGAGAGCGAAGCAGGAGACCUGGACUCAGAGCCAGGGGUUGACCUUCCCGGCAGUCAGCAGUUAUUAGAAAACAGCCUGGAGAUUAUACUAGGAGACUCUAGCGGUUCAGAAGGUAAUCGGCUGAGUAAUCUAGACCCUGGAUGGAUAGCUCAACUUUCCUUGCCUUUAACCAACAACUACAAAGACAAUGUUUUCACUCCAAAUACACCGGUUCUUCAACAGCCCCCAAUAACAGCAGAAGAGAGAGAAGAGCUUAAAACCUUCUUGACAUUUGGUAAAGCUUCAGAGGGCUCCCAAAGCAGCAGACUUGCCAGCACCUUCCUUUCGGAAAUGAGUUCUUUGUUUGAGAUGUUGCUAAGCCAGAAAGCUGAUUCCCAUGGGGAUCCGGCGUCAGAAGUUCUUAUGAGACUUUCAGGCUGCAGUAAAACUUUGGCAGUGGACAAUAGCAAAAGGGAUGAUUUAUAAACUUAUGGAAAGAUGCGUCAAGGCUACAGCAUAAAGGACUGGUUAAAAAUAGCCGCCCUAGCUCAAUACUUCAUGUUUUACACGCAUGAAAUAUGGAUGGUAGUCACACCAACUCAUGAUUUCAUCCCAUUGCAGAAUGCACAAUUCAAAGCAGUGAAAAGAUGAAACCAGCAAUAACUGCCAACUCCAUGGUCAUAUUUAGAUGAUCAAUUAGAGAAUUAUUAUUUCAAUAUAAAGGAAACCAUAAUUCAUUAUUUUUCUGACUAGAACAGACCUGCUUGAACAUGAAGAAAUGACCAAGAAACCUGUGUUUGGUUUGACUGAUGGAAGCACUUACCUUGAGGACUUCAGGGUCUUAAAAAAAUAAAACUUAUUGUUGAACUGUG